UUUAUUAUUGUUUCACUCCUGAACACGGGGAAAGAAGAUGCGGACCAGAAGCAGCCUCUCUCUGUGGAUUAUUAUUUUCCUCUACAGCUCCGGUGUAUGCGCCAGGAAGCAGCACGCUGAUCUCGAUGGCGAUGAUGAUGAUGCUGAUGAUGAUAAUGAGUCCUGGCCGGAGAGUGUCUUCAGAGCGAGAUGUGCGUCGCGAUGCCUGAGCUUGCACAGCGUAACGGCGCUCUCCACACCUCUGCAGGAUAAUGGAUCCUUGGGCUGGUGUUAUAAUCACAGACUGUGCACAAAGUGUCUGGAGCCCUGCAAAGACUCCUGGGAUAUGAAGAGGAAAAGCAACUGCCAGGAACUUUGUGAGCGGGUAUUUCCCAAAAACCACUGGGAGUGUGUGACCAGCUGUGAAUUCCUUCACUCGGUGUUGGCGGUGAAGCAGGGCAGUUGCCCACCUCCAGAGAGAGCCAGUGGCUUUGCAGCAGCCUGUGUGGAAAGCUGUGAUCAUGACAGAGAAUGCUCUGCUCGGAAGAAAUGUUGCUCCAAUGGCUGUGGUUAUACCUGCCAGUCUCCCAAAGACCUCUACAAGGGUACUCCUCUGAAGCCAAGGAAGGAGUUGGGCUUUGAAGAACUCUCACUUGGCCAGCUGGAGGUGCGCUGGUCCUCUCGUUUCAACGUCUCAGCUGAGCCUGUGAUCUACAUCCUGCAAAGGAGGUUUAACUUUGGCAUCCAGCCCAGUGAGGACACUGCCACCCCUUGGCAGAUGGUAGCACAGACCACAGAGCAGGGAGCAAGGUUGUCUGACAUCAGGCCUGGUCGCUGGUACCAGUUCAGAGUGGCAGCUGUCAACCCCCAUGGGACCCGAGGUUUCACCACGCCCAGCAAACACAUCCACUCUAGCAGAGACCCUACCAGCCCUCCAGCUCCCUCUGAUCUUAGAGUGGUCAAUAUGAACUUUGGUCCUGGCCGAACAGUGUCAGCCAGGAUCCAGUGGAGCAUGCCCGUUGAUCUGGACAUUCCCGUCCACCACUACAAAGUCAGCUGGAGCUGGACCGCAGUUGGACACGCUUCUGCCUCAUCUCUAACAAAAAGGAGGAAGACAGUCAGAGAGAAUCAGAUGGAGCUUGACAGCAUGCGCGCAAACAGGAGCUACAGCGUGGAGGUCCAGGCUGUGUCAUACUGGGCACAGACUCAACUCAAAGGACCCCGGGCUCUCCUCCACUUCACCACACAGCGCACUUCCAAAGCAGCUCCACCAAACUUCCCUGAUGAAAUUCUGGACGUGGGAACGCCGUUCUACCAGGACGGACAGCUCCAGGUUCAUGUUUACUGGCAGAGCAGCACAGAUCCUUCAUUUGAAUACUACAGAAUCCAGUGGGGACCGGAGCAUUGCGGACAAAAUCAGACCAGAGCUAUGGAGAAGAUCAGCACACGGGAGACCUUUAUCAGCCUGCAGGGUUUGCUCUUCUCUUGUAAGUAUAAAGUCCUCCUCCAGCCAUUCAGCAAGAAGAAGCGUCCUUCGGCAGAAAGCACAAGCUUUCUCACUCCAUCCUGUGCUGCUAUCCAGGCCAAGAGUCCAAAACCAAUCACCUGUCCUGAAGUCGCGGUGUCACUUCAGAAGAUCCUUGUGAAAGCAACCAACUUGACAGCUUCCUUCCAGGUUAGGAGCGGCAACCUGACGGCCAUCUUUAGCUGGGAUUUGCCACCGUCCCACCAGCAGAUCACUGGUUACCAGGUGACCUGGGCUGAGGUCAUCCCCACCAACCAACAUAAGAGCUACAAGCUACCUCACAGUCUCAUCUCCCAGUCCCAGAUCUUACCACCGGAUGGUAAUGUUCUGGUGGUGACGGGCCUACAUCCUGCUAGCCUGUACAGGCUGGAGGUCCAGGCCAUCACAGCUCAAGGUGAAGGUCCUGCAACCAGCAGGACCUUUCAGACUCCUGGAUACCAAAGCAUCCCAAAGCAAAGAUCGAGGCUGAGGAAGCGUCAUCACAAACAGCCAAUCACUGGGAGACACUGAGCCCAGAAAACACGUCUGCUAAACUCAGGAUGAUGCAGAAUCUAUACUGCAGAGAUGGCAAAUGACAGGUAGAACGGCACCAGCUUCGUGAUCAAGAUGUAAUAACUGGCAAAUGUGGACUGCACUGUCAAAGAUCAAUGAAACAAUUAUGACAAGACUAGCAGCUGUGGUACUCGCCCUGACUCUUAAUUUUACAGUGUGAGCCAAUAGCUCACAAUUCCCAGUUUAGUUUCACAAUUUACGAGAUUAAGAUCAUUGAUUAAAAUGAAAAUAAUGUUACCAAAACAACACCUGAGACGCUGCAAAUUUACACUACCAAUACAAUGAUAUUUAGGUGCAAUAAAUCCAUUGAGACAUGUUUGCGAUCUGCAGUUUCAUUACUGUAAGGUUGUAAUUUUAUUCAAAAGGUCCAAAGACCUUUUGAUGGAAUUGCAUGCAAACACAGGAAUGAGGACUGAUCAGUGUUGUCAUUGAGUAGUACCUUUGGUAUAUUUUAAAACCCAAACCUUUUUCAAAAUAAUUGCCCAAACCUUACAUGCCUUUGAAUAUUUAAUAAUCAAGCCAUGAUAAUGUACCUGCCUGAAGAGCGGUGUGUUGAAAAAGCAUUUUUCAACAAAAAGGGCAGAGGACCUCAAAUGUAUUUAGCCUGCAACAACUUAGAAUAGACAUCUUAGGU